AUGCCGGCGGUCGAGUCCCCUCGGGGAACAUUCCUAAUAUCCCUCUUACCAACAAAAGACCUCGUCGGCGCCUUUCUAGCCAUCAACAUACUUGCCUGUCUUGUCGUCCUCCUCUCUCGGAAAUGGAUCACAUACUUCAGCAAACCGACAAGGCCCUCCUCUCCCGACCUAGAGAAACCAGCCCCGCGACCAGGCGUUAGAGAGAAGGUGACCAGGAAACCUGGAGAAUGGACUUCAUCUACUUUCAAGAGGCCCAUUGCAGCACCAUACACGGACUGGGACGUCCACAACACCAAGCCUAUUCCCUAUCGACCGUUCCGUUAUGGACCAAAAUACUUUGUGACUCUAGGAUUGAGGAGUAUGAAAUGGGACGAGUGGAUCGAACUAGACAACCACUACCUCAAAUACCAUGCCGACAAGAAGAAAAGAAUAGAGCAGCGCGGUGAAAAAUGCUUCGGCACAGCACCAGAGGCAAUGGACGGCGCCAUCGAACUACUGGAAGAACUAUGCACCUACCUGCCAGAGCGCUACCCAGCAAUGUUCGAAAAGACCCCGACAGGAAUAGCCAACAAAGUCACCAACGAAACCUUCAACAUAACCCAACGGCCCCUCCCAGAAGACCCAAUGGCAACAGCAGCCCGACUCGUCCAAGACGACCUAGCCGUCAUGAUCGAGCGCGCAGACGGCGAAUACUACCUCUUAGCCGGCGCAAUCCUCCUCGCCGGAUUCUGGCGACUAAGCGACAAAUUCGGGAUGCGACUCUCCGACAUCCAUACCUCCGGCGACGUACCGCAAUACAAGGAGAAACUGGAAAAGGGCAUGAUGAACUUCUUCCGUCGAUUGAAGCCUGAGGAACCUGUUCUCCGAAACAACUACUUCAUCCAGGUGGACGAUAGUCUGCCGUGGUCGCAUAGUAUUGGGCCCGAGGAUGCGGAGACAGUGUCGUGGAAUACGGCGGAGAAAAAUAAGGCGAUUGAAAAUCAUUUCUUCCGCUCUGAGAGACAGUCUUUGAGAAGGUUGCCUAGGUCUGGGGCUGUUAUAUUCACGAUUCGGACGUAUUUUGAGCCCAUUACCGCGAUUGUCAAGGAACCCUAUGUGCCCGGGCGUCUGGCGUCGGCUAUUAGGAGUUGGGGGGAUGAUGUGUCUAGAUAUAAGGGGAAGGAGAAGUAUGCGGAGGUUCUGUUGGAGUACUUGGACCAGAAGCAUCAGGAACAGGUUGCCAAUGGACUGGAGGUGGAGAAAGAGGAUGAGGUGCGGAAAUAUCCUCUUUGA